UUGGUAUUUAAAGUUAAUUUCAACUGUUAGAGGGACACCACUUGCGACCACAAAUAAAGAAUGACCCAUAUAUGCAUGCAAGCCUGUGUGCGCGUAUAUUGUAUGUAUUUACUCUUUUUUUAUUUUUAUUUUUUUAUCGCACUGAUUGACAUUAACCAUACAUACAAAUCUAUGGAUAUUAGCUACCUAGCGCACAUUUGCAGUUCACUCAAGGACCCCGGAAACGCGCUGCUCCUGUCGAGAGCGCGCGCUGCAGCUUUCAGGAAGCGGAACGCAUGAAGUUGAUUUCUCACAGCUGGUGAUGGCGGAUGCGAUCGACACAGACUCCAUGAAGAAUUAUAACAUAGCGUUUGAGAGGAUAGACCCGAGCGCGAGCCGCUACCCCUACUGUAUCGUGUGGACGCCCAUCCCCGUGCUGUCAUGGCUGUUUCCAUUCAUUGGACAUAUGGGCAUAUGCACCUCCACUGGAGUUAUCCGGGACUUUGCAGGGCCAUACUUUGUCUCUGAGGACAACAUGGCUUUUGGAAGACCAACAAAGUAUUGGAUGUUGGACGCAAGUAAAGUAUAUGCUAGCGGAUCAAACGCCUGGGAUACGGCAGUUCACAAUGCCUCAGAAGAGUAUAAACAGAGAAUGCACAACCUUUGUUGUGACAAUUGUCAUUCACACGUGGCUAUGGCGCUGAACUUGAUGCACUAUGACAACAGCACCUCGUGGAAUAUGGUGAACCUUUGCCUGCUCGCUCUCAUUCAUGGCAAACACGUCAGUUGUGCAGGCUUUCUAAAGACCUGGCUUCCGUUCUUCAUCCUAACCAGUGUCAUCCUGGCUGUGGCCCUAUCUCUAAACCUGCGAUGACCCAGCAUGCUCCGAUAGAGGUGGGGUAGUUCAGGAUGGGUUGGUACAAAGCCUCGCGUCCUGCAGGAGAUCCACUUUUGCAGCUAAAUGUGGGACUCCAAUGAAUGUCAACUGAACCAGAGGUGGUGGUGAAUACAAUCCAGUCCAACUCUUCAGAACAUAUAGAGGAGCUCAACCUUAAAUGCUGGUCCUCUGUGUCGUAGGAUAGGGACAGCAAAUACACCAUGCCUUCAGUGUGUUGUGGUGAUGUACGACAUGCUAUUUCCUUAAAACAUCUUCCAAAGGCAUAAUCUGGUGUAACUCUUUAUGGUGCUUAGUUAUUGUUUGAUUAGAUGUUGAUCUCUAUAUUAUUAUAUUAACACACAUAAAAAUAACACCUUAAAUUUAUAAAGUCUUUUUUAAACACUACACUAUACAUUUCUAAUCAUUUUAUGAUUAUCAUAGAACAAAAUGCAUGGAGAUAAAAAUUGAUUUCCUUUAAAAAGAAUUUAACAUGAAUAUUCUCAUUUUUAAUAUUUAGUUUUAUUUAGCAAACCUCUUUAAUCUUAAUAACAGUAUAUUGGCAUGCUUUAUUCAGUGUAAUUUGUUCUAUUUUUAUACAAAAAUAUAAUUGUGUAUGGAGAUUAGCACUAAAAAAACUUAUUGUUAGUUACUGUGUUAAUUAUUAAGUCUUGUUUGCAUUACGUAUAUUUCAAAUCCAUAAUUUGCAACAAAAAUGCCUGGCCAGCUAUUAUUAUUUUGCAUUAUUUAGUCAACAUGAAGUUCACAAUCCUUUUUACUUCUGUAAUUGAAUUGCUGUUUGUCAUUUGGAAAUACAAGAAGAAAAAUGUAGGCCACAUGCAGGGUCCACAUCAGAAAUUUAAUGCAUAACAACAGUUAAACCUAUGAGGUUAAGCCCUGCUGAGAAAACUCGCACAGAGGUGGAGCUGGUGUAGGUGGAGUCUUUCUUUAUGAAUUGCGAAAAGUUUUAUUUUUCACAUUCUCUGGUGAAUCGUAUAUAAUGACCAGGAACAUGUUUUGAAGUAUAAAGGGUCAAUAAUUCAUGUUGACUGCAAACUAAGAAAUCUUUAUUUAUUUAACUUUUUUGAAAAUGUUCUGUGUUUAUAAAUUUUGUUUUGACAAGAAAUAUCAAAGGACAUGCUGUUAUCAUAACUGCUGGUUUUAAUAAUCGUAUGAUAUAAAUGAUAACACAGUUUGUGUUCAAGAUGGUCAAAGAUUUGUGUAAUGUUUAUGAAGAAUCUUAAGUAGGUAAAUAAUAGGCACAAAACAUGUUAAUGUUAUAUUUUACUGUAAAAUCAAAACAGUCCAACUCCGUUAAAAAUAAAUAGAAAUUGUUACUGAGCAAAUUACAUAAAUAAAUUGUGCUAAAUGUCAUCCUACCUAACCCAGUUCGCAAAGAUUGGCUUAUAAAAACAGUUUAUCAUUUGGUCUGCAUCGAUUUUCACAGGUAAUAUCAGUUUGACCAAUUUUUUUUACGUAUUUAUAAAAAUACCUGCGCAGGUAACUUGAAAUGCAUGUUUUAAAUAGAAAUGCUGGUAGAGAGGCAAAAGUUACAGACUGCAGCUUUAAUUGUCCUAAAAACAACUUAAAUCAUUUUUUGCUGUUUUAAUGACUUGGACAUGCUUUCCUAAGAUUCAUCCAUACAAUUCCUUUAGUCUGAUAAGUGUCUGAUCUUGGCAAAUCCUAUGUAUUUUACGAGGUGGCUAAUUUGGGUUAAUUCAUACGACCAAAUUCACAUUCUUUGGUAUGAUUUGCUUUGCCGGAGGGAGGACUUUUUUGUAGGCAAACCCAUAAGCAAGCAGGGCAGUGGUUCCCUCAUUAAAAUGCCCAUUAAUUUUUCUAAGUCUAAAUGCAUUUAGUAGAAAUAAAAAGCUUACCUUAGGCUACAAGCAAACUUCACCACAGUCGAUCAACAUCAUCACCACUAAGAUUCCGACAGCUCUUUUAAAUUUUAUUCAAUGCAUUUAUAAACAUGUUCCCUGGUACGGAAAUACUCUGUGGCUAAAUCUUUUUUGGGAAGUUUGCCUAUGUUGCGUUGUUUUUUAGGGCACGCACACAUUAUCCAAAACCAACCAAACUGCGCCCUAGUUCGAUUGCCCUCCACUCACCUGUACUCUCAAUGUACUUUUAUCGAUGCGAGGCUGUGGGGGUCAAAUGUACCUCAGGUGCGGUUUGGUUGGGAUAAUGUGAAUGCCCUUAAAGGAGCAUUUCACCCGUAGAAACAUUAAUCUUUAUUGAAAGUGUGUCAUAUUUGUAGUCGAAAUUUAACAUACAUUUAGAAUUUGGUGCCUAUUUGACCGAGAAAAGGGUGUUUGUAGUCUCACUCCCUCAACAAAGAUACUGGACUUCCUUCUUUCAAUGAUGCAAAAUGAUGAUUUUUACAUCAUUGAAAGAAGGAAGUGCAACACUGAAAUCUGUAUUUCUCCUGUCUCAGCGGCAACUGAGGAAAUGAUGCACGACCAUUCAAAAAAAUGACUGGGGUUCUAACUAUACAAAGCUUAAUGCAAAUGGGUGAAGUGUCCCUUUAAGUCCCCGACAAAGUCUGUAGUCCCAUGUAGCAACUUGUUAGCAACCCCCAAUUAAAGACACUUGAAAGCUUUAAAAAGUCAUGAGUGGGGGUAGUAUUGGUGUUUUGUUUUUUGUCGUGGAAUAAAAAUGUGAAAAUAUAUUGGGCUUGGUCAAGAUCUUAUUUAAGGAGUUUAACCAAAAUCCCUUUAAAAAAAAAACACAUUGCUAAAUUGCUAACUUGCUUUCGGCUUUUGCCUACAAAAAUAUUCAUCCCUGCAUCUAUUGAGCUUGGGGCAGGGUAAGGGGUGUUGUUUCAUUGUUGUUUUUUAUAAUAGCCACAUGUUUUGGACAAUUUGCUUCGUACGAAUUCAGACAAAUUAGCCAACUCGUAAAAUACAUUUGAUGUCCUCUGAGAUCAGGCUGAAAAUCUUUAAAAAUACUAUGGUUGGACAAAUGUUUAUGUCUAACCCCCCAUUACCGCAAUCCCCAACACAGCUCCACUUUUAUGGUAAAUCCUGUUAGAGUUUUGUUUGCUUGUAUCAAUGAACUUUUCAAAAACCACACAAAUUGAUUUAUGCUGUAAUCUAAAGCUAUGGUCUGGACACCAGCUCUGUUACUAUAGCUCCUGUGUCUGAAUUAAAUCCCUCCAUUGUUUACAGAAAAAUCACUGAGCCUAGUACUUCCCACAUUUUCCUCUUCACUUAUUUCACACUCUUUCUCUCUUUGGAAGUAUCGCCAACACCAGCAGGUAGCCAAGUAUCCUAAGCUCUUUGGAGACUUACUAAAGAUCUUAAGAUUGGCUGGUUUGUGUGUGAUGACUGUUGCCCCUGCUGGGACCGGCUAGAGCUGAUCAGAUUAGAGCGACGCUGUGAAAUAUCAUUGACUCUCACUAACGUUCUUUUUCACUGGUUCCCUGUCUUCAAAGAUGGGAACUGGGGGAUCAAAAGCAAUGAUUUUAUUUCUUUAAAGUCCCCAUCCUGUUUGUAAUCUCUAAAAGAUAACCAUAAAGUACAGGUUUAUACUUUUGUAAAAAUAUUUAUUCAUUCACUGAUAAAAUGUAUGCUAAUAACGCUGGCUAUGUUAGAUGUAACUUAUUAACAGGACACACCAUAUCAGCAGUAUGAUAGAUGUUUAACCAAAACAUAAACAUUAGGAUGAUUCACUAAAUUAAGAUGUACUAAACAAGUGAUUUGUUUGAGGUUUGCACCACUACACCAAGUUAAAAGUAACGUGGCUUUAGAUUUCAAAUUAAUUCAACAUUUUGGAGGUGCUAGCUAAUUUGAGAUCCUGCAAUGGUAUGAUUGCUGCUUCUUAUAGAUAAUGUACAUCCAGAUGGGUGUUUUAAAAAAAUUAACCCUAAAGGGGUUACCCAAAGUUGAAGGCUAUAACAACCUACUGAAUGUACAUUGUCCCACUUAUUACACUGCUGCUUGCCACAAGAAAAUAAGUUGACAAAAAUAUUUUAAUGUAAAGGUAUUUUCUGUUUAUGUUGGAGUGAGAAAAGAGGCAGCAGAGUGAUAAAUUAAACAUCAGUCAUGAUGACUUAAUGUUAUCGAGGUAAUGUAACCCUCUUAAUGCCUGAUCAUGCAAUAAAAGAAUAACAUUUGCUUUAAACAUUGUUAAAACGGUAACAGGGUUAAGCACUUCAGCUGCACUUAACAGUUUUGUAAAGAAUAUAGUAAAUACAUCUCAGCAGGCUGUAAUGAAUUGAAUAUCAAAUCCAUCAUGUUGAUGAACUUCAAAUCAAUAGAAUUUUUACUUUUAUAUGAUUGCAUUUAUAUACACUGGUAAAUGUGUGUGAGAGUUUAUCUGCAUGUUUAUGUUUGUAUAUAAGAAUGCCAACCCCCAAAACCCCCUUACCUAUAAACUUGUGCGCAUGCAUGUCUAUGAUAUUAAGAAUCUGAUACUGCUGGUUAGUACUUAACAGUUGGUAUUAUUAUUUUUGCUAUAAUCCUUACUUUGAAUCGCAUAUUUACUUUUAAAACUUCUUUGUUAAGGUGUUUAUGCCCAUAGAAAACUGACUGGAUGUUACACCAGCUUGAUUAGAUGCAGUUUUACAAAUGGCUGAUGAGUGUUAGAUAAGCAGCAGAAAAAUGUUCUUCCAAAAAAAUUAUUUCAAGCAUUCUCCUAUAAUGGCAGUAGAGCGCAUAUCCGAGAAACAACGUGGUUAAAUCUGACUUUGUACCUAUGAAAUAAUUUAUAUUCACAAGGCAAUAACAUUUCAUGCGGCCAACUUUUUUGCAAUAUUAAAAGCUAAACAAGCAUAGCAUAUGGCUUAAGGAAGCAUUGUCUGUCUUCAUUUAACCUAAAACGUUUAAAUUACUGUUCAACAUUUCUUUAUAUUUUCCUAAUAGACUACAAUCACACCAGUGCCAGAGUCAAUAUAGUCAUUAAAACCACAAAAUCACUUUCUGUGUAUUGCAAUUUUUUGCUAUUUGUUGUUUUUCCACUUCUGUCAGUAACAAUAUCAUCAAUGCUUUUGUUGUUUAACACUAUUAUUAAUAAUAAUAAAAAUAUUUUUAUUAUU